UCUCAAAAUCCCUAAUCUCUAAUCUUUAAUCACUCCAGCCAUCGACGCCGGCGAAGCUCCCGUGGAUCUCGAUUAGCUCUUGGACACUCGACGCCGGCGAAAGCUCUCAUGGAUGCCAGCGAAACUCGACAUUAGAGAAGAUAAAUUUGUGGCCUUUACUACCCAUCCUUGAGAAGAUACAAGAAAAUCGAGUCAAUCUCACCUCAUAUGACACAGGAUGGGCUAUUGGUGAGGGAGACCUAUGUGGUUAAGUUGGCAAAUAAUAGUUGCUCUUGUGGAAAAUGGGACAAGAGUGGCAUCCCUUGUCAACAUACAAUGGCGGCAAUUGCAUUUCAUGGACUAGAUCCUCUUAAUUACAUAUCUGAAUGGUUUAAGAAGGAGACCUACCUGAAGGCAUACCAGUUCAAUAUUAGUGCAGUGAAAGGAAGACGAUUUUGGCCAACAAGUGAAGAAGGCCCCAUGUUGCCACCUACAACCAAGAGGAUGCCUGGUCGACCUGCAAAAAAAAGGAAAAGAGAACCUUUGGAAGGCAAAAACAAAAGCAAUACAAAACUAUCAAAGGAAGGUAGAGUGUUCAAGUGUGGAAUUUGUCACAUGGAAGGUCACAAUAGGAAAAAGUCGCUGAAUAAAAGCUAG